AUGAGCGUUUCAUUGCUUCGUCCUUUUAUUGAUUUCAACGUUACGUUUCAUUUCAGCUAUGGCGACAUGGUUCCUGGCACUACGAUUGGCAAAGUCGUCGGUGGAGUGUGUUCUCUAAGCGGCGUAUUGGUCAUCGCACUUCCAGUUCCGGUCAUUGUAUCCAAUUUUAGUCGGAUAUACCAGCAGAACCAACGAGCUGAUAAAAGAAAAGCUCAAAAAAAAUUACGCCUAGCGAGAAUACAAGUGGUAAAGCGGACGUCUGCUCAGGCACUUGCCAGGAAGAGAAAAGUUCAUGAAGCCCGUCUCAAGGAAUACGAGCAAGGGCUGUUAUCGCCAAGCGAAUUAAAAGUAGACGACAUUUUUGAGAUCCAGUACAACCAUCUGCUGCGGUGCCUGGAAAGUGUUACAGUAAGAUUUUACUUUUUUGAGUUACUAGCUGAACGGCAUAUAGCCGAUAUUGAAAGUGCUGAAACGCACGAUGCUAUAUUGAAGUCGUAUGGCAUUUCUUCGACUUCCAUUCCCGGCUCACUCACGUCAAGUGAGAACGAUGCGAGCGAAAGUCCGCUUUGCCAGCCGUUGUCCUCCUGCUAUGAGUGGCUGUCGAAGCGCUUCCCUCAUGAGGAGACCCAGCCGGAAAAGACCGACGCCGUGAUGGACAACGCGUACUCAAACAAGAACCUUGUGGAGAGGGAGAAACCCUUGCUGCAGCCGACCUCGAACUUAAUAACCAAGAAUAGUUUUCAGAUGAACGUCAAAAAUGCGCCUUCAGUCGAUGUGUCCCCAAACGAAGAUUCGUGCAAUUCCAGUAGACCACUGGUGUCCAACGUUCAUGAUCUUAACGUGAUCGUCGAGGAAUCCAUUUGA